UCAGCUAAGUUCAAUGUAGGAUGCACGGAUAGAGGAGGAGAGUUUGCCUCAUAUGAGUUUAACCUAUUUUGUGAAGAAAAUUAGGUUGAAGCUAUGACAGACUAGUUGAAAUCUAUCACAAGGAACACGAUAUGAGAGAUUGUAGAUAGACCGACUGGUUCUGAAAAUAAAAUGAUUGUUAAACUUCUACCAAUUUGAAACAUAUAAAAUUAAGUUUUAAAUUUGUAAGAAAAUAAAAUGAAAAUAUAAUUUCUUAUAAGUUACAUCAAAUUUAUAUUUUUAUUUUCUUACAAAUUAAAUCUUAAUUUUAUCACCACCAUUUUUAGAAUAUGAUCCGUUCAUCCACCAUUAUUUUAAAGUAGUAAUAAAACAUACUCCAAAUUUUAAGAUCAAAAUUUAUGAUAAUGUAUAAUAAAUUAUUUUAUUUACAUGGUAAGUUGGUAUAUGAUCGAAGCUUAAGAGGCAAUAGAUUGUUGUUUAGUGAUUUUGUUCAUUAUUAGCGGCGCAAUAAACACACUAAAAUUUAAAAUCCAACCAUCUCUACAACAUCACUUUCAAAAUAAUACUAUUUUUAGUUUUGAUUAAACAUGACACUAUAUGGUUGAAACUUAAAAAGGCAAUAGAUUGUCGUUUAAUGAUUUUGUUCAUUAUUAGCACCGCAAUAACCACAAUUAAAUCUAACCAUGAUUACACUAUUUGAUCAAAAUCAAGGGAAAAAAUUUAUAUAAGUAAUAUAUAAGUAAUGGAUUAUCGUUUAUUGAUUACGUCUAUUAUUAGCUUCACAAUAAAUAAUUAAAUUUAUUACAAAAAUAAGAUUUAAAUAGUUCUUUUUCUUUUGUUAGUUUGCAUGAGAUAUAAUUUCUGGAUUACAUACCUUUUAAGUUCCUUACAAACAAUAGAAAAAAAUGAUUUAUUUGACUUUUGUUUUAACCUCAUUAAAGGGAAAAUCCAUAAUUGUAUAAAUAAAAGAUAACUUCCCAUUUAUUCCACAAAGAGAGUGGUACAAUGGUAAAAUGGACAACAAGGAUAGCUUAUAAAAAGGCAUAAGACAUGACACAAACAUACAUACUCCCUAUCUCCACCUCUUGAGACCAAACUGAAAUAAACGAGAAGGUAAUAUACAUUUCUUAAUCGUGUUUGUUUUUUUACAGUUUCUUUCAUUAGAUUGUAAUCCAUAUUGGCCAGACCUCUGAUUCUGAUCAUAAUGUGAGAUCCCGGUAACCUCUUUAAUGAGAGAUGAUCAUCAAAAAUUUCUAUACUUCUAUUUUAUUGACCAACCAUUUUUGCUUUCUGAUCAUCUGUCGUCCAUAUGUGUCAUGCAAUUUAGUUUCUUGGUUAUGAUAUCUAUUUUAUGGAUCUCCAUGCACCUUUGCUUUCUUUUGUAAUAGUAGUGUUAAUUACUUCCCCAGUAUAAAACAGUCUUCACUGUUGUGUGGAAGACUGAUUUGAGCCUUGAGAUUGAGUCCUUAAGGAAAAGGUUUUGAAUUUGAUUUUCAUGGUUGAGUGUUGUUUCUGGUAAAUGUUGACAUCCUUUUAGCAGAAAAAAUGCCUAAGGUGCCAAGCAACAGGACCAGAGUGUCACCAUACCCGCUUCGCUCUACAAGGACUCAGAAAGAACCUAUCGAGGCACAAGGCCCAAGCCAAUGGGAGGAUGUCUUGUGUGUGAUCUGCCAGGAAGCGCCACACAAUGCCAUCCUCAUGCGGUGCUCUUCAUCCUCUACUGGAUGUCGUGCUUACAUGUGCGACACGAGUGUUCGUCACUCCAACUGUUUCAAGCAGUACCGCAAGAAAAACAUGAACCGUGUAACCAAGGUCAUGAACUGUCCUUACUGCAGAGGAGAAGUUUAUGAGGCGAUGAAGGUGCAGUCGGGUGGAAGGAGAGAUCUUAAUGCUAAACCGAGGUCUUGCGCUUUCGAGAACUGCAAUUUCUCUGGGACAUAUUGUCAGCUUAAGAAUCAUUUGAAAGCUGAUCAUCCCAGUUACACUCGACCCUUGGUCGACCAGGGGAGAGACCGGGCGUGGGAACAGAUGCAGAGAGCAACUGAGUACAAUGAUAUCAAUGCUGCAGCUGGUCUCCCGCAUAGUGGCUUGGAGGUUUUGCAUCAACAGCUUCCGGAUGUUCCUCCUCGUCUGGUGAUUCUGCUCUGGCGUUCUUAACUUUGUUUAGCGUUUUUUUUUUAGUAGCCAAAGUUUGAACAUUGAUAUAUUCAAAAAAAAAAAAAGUUUGAACAU